CGGUCUUUAAAAAUUCACGAACUGUUCCUUUAAGACGUCACGCCGUGUCGUCAGGUUAGCUGUUACGUCAGAGGGAACAGCGAAAGAACAAAAUGGAGGAGUAUGCCAGAGAGCCAUGGUGAGUCCUGAAGCGAAUUAUUAUCAUUUUUAGCCCGUGUCGCGCUUAGUCUUAUUCGUAUCUACUGUUAAAUGUUCCGCCGGUACCUGAGUUCGAUUGAUGGAGUCGUACAACACGUGGCAGAACCGGAACCAUCUCAAACCCGGCUCGUUAGCAUGAAGCAUCGGCGUUAGCGUUAGCAUUAAACCAUAUAUCUGCUACAACACGCUGCUAGUGACCUUGUCAGUUUACCAACCCACAUGUCAGAACAUUUAGGACGUAUUCUACCAUAAUGCAGUCUUUUUAUGUGAGUAGAUGACCUCCAUUGAAAGUCAAGCGCCUGUCUUACAGUUUUAUCUGAAUGAUCUAUAACGUUUAGUUACAAGUAUGAGGUUUAGCUUUGGGGUUUGCUAGCUAAUUUAGCAGCGUGUAUGCUAAUGUUAUCUGUGAGGGGCGGCUUGGAGAUUGUACAACAUCUGAGAGACAACCCUCUGAGGCAAGACUGUUUUGUAAGCUAUCCGAGCAGCUAAAAUGCACAUUAUCGUCGGCUAAGGCUCAGUGCUGUUCUCAUGUUCAUCUCUGUGGUCUGGGAUUAUGUAGCCGGUCGACCCGGGCUCAUGUUUGCGUAAAUGAUCAGGUGUGUAUGUGUGGGUUAUAGGAGACAAGCACAUACAAGGUCACAAUAAGUAACAUAAUGCAGAUUUUAGAGGUGUAUGUCAAAGUUCUGGCUUGGCUGACAUGUCCUUGGAGAAAGCUGAUCACAUGUGUAUCUGCUUUAUAACUUAAUAACAGAUCCCCAUAGCCCCAUUAUCUUUGACUCGUUACGCUACAUCACGUGACACAUGUAGAUACAGCUUUUUCAGCUGUACUGUAAUUGAUGAUGACUUUGUCUAAUCCUACUCUGUGAUACUGUUCUAGUCCCUGGAGGAUUGUGGAUGACUGUGGGGGAGCCUUCACCAUGGGAGCGAUUGGUGGAGGGAUAUUCCAGGCAGUAAAAGGCUUCAGAAAUGCACCCUCAGUAAGUUCAGUCAACUUGCAUAACAGUGCUGCCGCUGAAUAUUUUCACACUUAAAUAAACAUUAGAGGUAUUCUCACUGUAAACAAACUACAGGAGAUCAUUUUGGCACCUUCGUAUAACUGUCUUACUUUAAAGUAAGGGGCUUCUGAUUCCUUCUGCUUAAAAUUGGUCACAAAUUAAAGUUAGUGCUGCACACAGGAAUAUGUACAAUGCUGCACUGCACCAUUUGGAAUAAUUUAUGCCAAAACAGAAAUGUUUUUUAGAUGUGCUAAGUGUGCUAAAAAGGAGUCUCCAAUGUUUGUUUUUUAUCUUCUUCCUGUGUCUGUAUAGGGGAUGAGCCAUCGAAUGAGAGGUAGCAUGACUGCCAUCAAGACCAGAGCCCCACAGCUUGGAGGUAAGCCUUGACAAAUAUUUGAUUAUAUAUCAAGGCUGCGUGGUUUAAUCCAGAGUUUUGCAGGCUGUAAAUCUUGUGGCACAAUCUCAAAAUGACAACAAACCACAGACGUUACUAUGAUACUGUGAUAGAAACAGAAGUCAGCAUGUGGCAGAGCGGUAUGACCCCUCUUUAUCAUCUCUGAGCACUUUCGCUUCACUUCAGUUUUAAACAGGGACCCCCCAGUAUUUAUACAACCUUGUUAUCAGCAGAUACUUAUUAGAGGAUUCUGAUCUCUGUCUGGGUCCACAAACAUGAUCAGAAAAUCUUACAGAAAUGUCUUUGGAAAUUUGUGAAGAACGCCAAGUACAACCACUGUUCAGGCCUGCAGCUGUAUUAGAGAUUUAAUGGCAAGGAAUGACGCUUAAAGUCACAUGAUUUACAGGGAGGGAAAGUAGUCCAGUAAAACCCAAAAGAUAUAACCAUUUUUUGUGAGCUUAUGUGAAUCUUCUUGGGGAUUGCAGGGAGCUUUGCAGUAUGGGGAGGCCUCUUCUCCAUGAUUGACUGUGGUUUAGUAAAAGUACGAGGAAAGGAGGAUCCUUGGAACUCGAUUACCAGCGGGGCCAUGACAGGAGCCAUCCUCGCUGCAAGGAGUAAGUUAGCCUGCCAGUAAACGCACAACACACUCGCCUCACAAAAAAGACAUUAUCACAGUGUACUAAAGGCGUCAUAUGAGUAUGUGUCCACAUCUGAAUCUUUUACAGGAAAUAGCACCAUGUGUUAAAAUUAGCUUAAUAUUUCUAAGGCAGCCUCGGUUGUUUACCUUGGAAAUUGAAUGUUAAUACAAGUCCAAGUUGAAGCAUGACUUGGGAAAACUAUCAAGAUUUUGAGAAGUGAGAGUGAGGCUGGUUGUUUAUCAUGAGCAAAAUUCGUCAUGAUUUACUGAUUAUCGUCUAUCUCGUGAUUUGAAUGGAUGCCAGUGGAAAACUGAAGUAUUUAGCAUGAGAGAACUUCUUCAGAAACUCAUGCUUGUGGUGCUAAAGAAAAUGUCAGGGUUUACAGUAUUUACAACAGAUCACCUCAUGAAACAGGAGAAAAUUUAGUGUUAUGGUGUCAUUACUGUGUUGCAUUUGAGGUCAGUCACCUAAUGUCAGAGUAAAGACAUGUUUAAAAAAGUAGUUUACGAUAUUAGUAGAACUUACCUCAUCUCACCACACUUGUCGUUACUUGUCUAAUUUUGUUGCAUUUAAACGUUUCCACAAGUUUACAUGUAUUACUUAUAACAGUCAAAUUUUCAAUCCUGUAAAAUGACUCUGCCUCUGGAACUGUUCUGAUGUCCAGAGACGACCUCUGUCUGCAUUUGAUCAGAGAAAAUGACCUUUUUUUGAGCAGACCAGAUGAAAGUCGAGCUGUUUGUUUACUCCUCAGGUGUGUGCUCAUUACACGAGGCAACAACAUGUCAACAGAAAUUAUAGUGAUGACACCACAACUGUAAAACAUUGUUUUGCAUAUUCACACAGAAGUACAGAAUCUGUUGUUUUGAAGGAUCUCCUGCCCUCAAGGUUUUUAAAGAACUGGUUUUAGUGGCCUUAAAUUUUGUUAGAAACCAAAACAAAGGAAUUGUUUCCAAAUGUCUCCUUUGACGUGAAGGCAGCUCACAUACUGUCAGUAGAUGGCGGCUCUAGUUACCUUGUUCAAGGCUCCUCCUAACUUCAGCCUGAAUUUAAGUUUAAUUCAUCAGAAUAACAUUUUGCCAACACUUGUAAGGGGAAGUUUAUUUAUUCAGCACAUUUCAGCCAAAAAAAAAAACAUCAAAAGUGCUUAACACUGAUGUUAGAAGAAUCAUUACAGAGGUCAUAAACAAGUACAUGAUGUUGAUAUGUUGGUAUUAAGGCUUCAGCUUGUACUAGCUUUACAAAGUUUACAAAUCUUCCUUUUUUCAUGAUCUGAAGCUGUGUUUUUGUGGCAGGCUAAGUGAUGAACAGAGCAGUUGCCCUUUCCAGUCAUCAUCAGCAGACUAAUACUCCAUGUGUAAUUCCUUGUCCCUUUGCAGAUGGACCAGUAGCCAUGGUAGGCUCUGCAGCCAUGGGAGGUAUCCUGCUGGCGUUGAUAGAGGGCGCCGGUAUCUUGCUCACUAGGUUCGCCUCUUCACAGUUUCCAACUGGUGAGUAAAACCGGUGCUAUUAAAUGACAACAGUUUGGCAACAAUUAAUCAACUCUUAACCUUUGUGUCCUGUUGUGGCUUUUUUGUCCAGUAGAGGAAAAAAAACAUUUUUGACCUAAACUUUUAACUUUUUUUUUAAGAGAGUGAUAUCAUUUUUGGUGAGGAAAUUUAAUUUUAUGAAGAAAAAAAAAAUCCUAAAUUUUUACAAGGUCAAAAAUGCACUGUGUACAGAUUUACUACCUUUUGGUCCUGUUUGUGGAUGUUUUUAGCCACUGACUUAAACUGCUGUAAAAACAUAUCUGAUAAUUUUUUUUUUCAAAUGUUAUUGUUUAAAUCUCUUCAUUAGGCUCAGUCCUUGACAAAACUUUUUUUUUUUUUAAUUACGGAUUUUAACCCUUUAAAUGCCAAUAUCAGAGGUGGUGUCACUGAUUUGAGCAAAAAAAAAUUCACACAAAAUGACAGAUUUUUGUGAUAGAAAACUGAUGAGGAAGGAGAUUUUUACAUGCUUUUACACCCAUGUAUAUAUCAAACAUUUGUAAUAACAUUGACUUUGAUGCAUUAUUAUUUUUCGCACAGCAGUAAUUUUCUACUCCCUUUGCCUUCUAUUGGCUGUUAACAGCAACUAACUUUAGCUGUAGUAAAAACGUAUCAGAUAAAUAUAUAUAUAUAUAUUUUUUCUCAAAUCUCUUCAUCAAGCUCAGUUCAGAUAAAAAUAUUGAACAAAAUAAAAUACUGAAGAGAUUUGAGCAAAAAAGAAAAAGAAAAAAUAUUUAUCCAAUAUGUUUUUACAGCAGCUAAAGUUAGCGGCUAAAAACGUCCACGAAUACGACGAAAUGGUGUAAAUUUUAGGCAGUACACAAGAGUUAAAUGUGCAUCUUCAUCUCCCCUUUAAAAACUGUCGUCGUGAUACCUUCCUUAUGUUAAAUCCAUCUAACUGUUAACAUUCCCCUUCUAAUUCUAUUUUACAAUUUGUUUUCUUCCAGCUUUCCAUUUUUUUCAAUCUUGCUAUCCACAUGAAAUGUAUACCAUUGCUUUCUCUACCCAGUUCCUUUUAAUUGAUGCACUCUAUUAGUCUGUUAAAGUUUGCUAAAUAAAUAAAGUUAUCGUGUGAAAUAAAAGAUGGAGAGUAGCAGGAUACUGCAGCCAGAGACCUAACUCAGUUAUUUUUGUAUUUUAUAAUUCCACCUCCUCACCAGCCGUUGUCAUCUCACUGAAUUUGAUCUUUUUCUUUCUGCUGCAGGGCCCCAGUUUGCAGAAGAACCAGCUCCUUCUCCCAUGCCUUCCCCUUCAUUUGGAGACUACAGACAAUAUCAGUGAGAGAGGACUCCACUCUUCUCGUUCACUAGGCCUUUUUUUUUGUAUUCCUUGCUGAAGUUCUGAAGAAGAAAUGAAGAUGUUUAACGGCACACAUCAAACAAUAGCGUCUGCACCAAACUUCAUGGACUGAGUCAGAGAAGUAAAGGACAAAUCACAUCUUCAUUCUCCUUCUUUCCGGAGCCGUGUACAGAUCUGCCUUUUUUGCCAUUCUCAGCCUUGUCAUGUGCAUCUGUUCCACUUAACACUGGCUCUAUUCAGACAUGUGGUGAGAUUUGUUGAAUGUUGGAGAGCUUGUGGGGAUGAGGUGUGUUUAUAUAUAUUUCUCUGCUACUCCACGUAGCCCAAAUAAGAGGGAGUUGAAGACCCACAGUGUCUGGGUAGUGUUGAAUUGAGCAAAAUCAUGUCGCAUAUGGACCAUCGUGAAUUAUAAAUAAGUAUAACAUAUGUGUACAUGCAGUAAAGACUAUCGUCUUGUAUCCACCUAGUCUUUAUUCACCUUGUAUAAGUCACCUGUUUGGGCUGGCCGUUGACAGUUUGCUGGCCUGUUUCUUAUCUUGAUUUUUCAAAGGUUACAAAAGCAAACACCCAUCUGAAACAACGCUAUUCUUAGGAUAUUAGUCUGUUUUAAAGUGAUUUAUUUAUUUUAGGUUAUAAAUAGUGUGUUCUAUUUUAUGUGACAGUGCUUUUACAUUCAACACAAAGGAGUGGAAUGGACUGUUAAUGACAAAGGAUGGCAUAGGCAGGAUAAAUAAAUGGAGAAACUCAAGCAAGGGAUUGAUACAUGCUGUAUUGAAUCUGUUUGACAGAUUGUACUAUAAUAAGAAUAAAAAUACUUAAAUUGUAAAGCUUGUCUGAAGAAGUAUUUUAAGUCCAAGUGGUGUAGAUUUUAGAUUAUGUCGAACAUAUUAAGUUCAUUGUAGUCCCCUUCUGUACCCAUAAUGCAUGCCAACUGGGUAGGAUUGCUCAUCCCCCACUAGAGGGUAGUCCUCACCAACUCAUCCAGACCGGCACGGCUCUUUCAUGUUCAGCCACGCUAUGUCAAACUGACACAGUUGGGGUAUGUUUACUGGAGCCACAUAUUGGAACACUUCACUCACAUUCUUGUACGUUUGUGUCACACACCUGUUAUCUGCUUGAAGCCUGCUGUGCAUAGUUACAGGUGAAGGACGCUGGAGGACAAAAAUAAUAGCAAAGAGACCUUGGUGGAACCUCCGGCAUAAUGAGUUUGAUAUGUGGGGAUGGGGUGGUCCAUUUCAAAGCAGAGAUUGUUUGUCAUUAAAAUAAGAAAAAACUCUGACUCUUCUCCAGAAGAAUAAUGAACAUUAAAUUUACAGUCUAUUUUAACAGUAUGUUACAUGACUCCCUUCCCACAUAGUAUGGCUUUUAACUUAUAAGGGCAACAACUGCAACUAACAACUAUGACGACACACCAAUCUGUUAUGCAUCAGUGCAUUAAAUACAUACAAAAGAAAAUAUAAACAGAUAUCAAAAGGCCAGCUAAGUUAAGAUAUGUAGUAGGGCUGGUGUAAGAACAAACAACUUUUUACAUAAUUUUUGUCAAUAAAGUAUGAAGUGGUAAAUUAAGCUUUAAGUUUUGAAGAAUUAGGCUUUCUCUAAAGAGACUUGACACUUAAACAAGGUUGAGAGACUUGAUUUUUUAAUAUUCACAAACAUAAAAUUAAAACC